CGAGAUACCCAUAUGUGACUGUUUCAUAAUAAAUUCGAUACGUUGUUACAAAGUAACUGAGACUAAUUGAAUAUUACAUAAUUCUCUCAGAAGUAGGUACAUUUUAUACAUGUGGCUCCGGAAAGCCGGUGACAUGGCCAAAUAUUGAUCCUUCCAUGAAGGGCAGUGUACAAUGGCCAGAGGUCUACGUGGAAGUGAGAAGGGCAUUCCAGAACAUUCAGUAUUGGUUGGUGGUCUCAAUUGCAACCUCUAUCAAAAUCACAUUAAUAAUGACAAGAAAGAAAUUGGUGAUAUAAGUCAUAACCAAUUCGAUGAAGGUCAGUGUGUUUUAGUUUGUGCAUCCACCAGGAAUGGCGCUGUGGAUCGACAGGAGUGCUAAUAAUGCAACUUUCGUUGGUUCAAAUGCUGGUGGUAGAAUAGCAAAUGGCGGGAUCAUUCGAAGACGUAGUCAUCACGAAGAAAGCAAAGGUCUUCAGAAGCGAGGUUCUAUAUCUUGCUUCGAAAAAUCAGAGUCUACUGUACAUGCCCAAAUGUUACUUCGGCGUCACUUGAAGAGGAAGCUGCAGAAGCGGUAUCUCUUGGCCGCAGGAUUGGUGCUGGCGAUCUGUGGCACGGCGGGAAUUCUGCACAUUACAUUGCAGCGUCCCUCCAGAUCGAAGCCUCUCUUGGUUCCUCCGAACCCCGAAAUUCCACUGCCGCCCUCCGGCUCUGUAGAACGACAUUUCAAACAAGCUGCAGUUUGUUCCGAUGGACCCCCGUGCGCCGAAAUCGGCAGAAACAUCUUUUUGAAGAAUGGGUCAGUGGUGGAUGCCGCUAUUGCAACUCUGUUCUGCAAUGGAAUGGUUAACAGCCAGAGUAUGGGGCUGGGUGGUGGGUUUAUGAUGACAUUGUACUUACAUGAGAGCAGAACAGCAAUCACACUAAAUGCAAGAGAAUGUGCUCCCUUGAAGUCUAAACCUGACAUGUAUAACAAAGACAAUGAAAAGUCAAAAAAUGGUGCAAUGGCAGCUGGAGUACCGGGAGAGCUGAAGGGCUACUGGGAGGCUCACCAGAGAUAUGGCCGACUUCCAUGGGAAGAACUGAUAUUGCCAACCAUUCACCUUUGCGAAGAGGGAUACAUCAUGAACAAGCAUCAAUCAGACUCACUAAGCAUGAGGGCUAAACUCAUUCCCAUGGACCCCAUACUCAGGGAGUUAUUUGUUAACCCAAAGACUGGUGAAUUUUUCCACCAUGGAGAUCGGAUCAGACCAAAGAGAUUUUGUGAAACGCUUAAAAUUAUUGCAAAAAAUGGUGGAAAUUGUUUAUAUACUGGAUCUUUGGCAAAAAUGUUUGUCUCUGAUAUCCAGAAAAUGGGAGGAAUUAUCACAGAAGAAGACAUGGCUAGUUACAGGGUGAAAUGGGAUGAGCCUAUAACAAUAAAUCUCCGAGACAAGAUGACACUAUUUAGUUCCCCACCUCCAGGCAGUGGUAUUCUACUUGGUUUCAUUCUCAAUAUUCUUGAUGGUUACAAUCUCACCUCGGAGAGUAUCAAGGACAUCAACAGUACCAUUCUGACUUAUCAUCGUAUUAUUGAAGCAUUUAAAUUUGCUUAUGCAAGAAGAACUGAACUAGGAGAUGGAGAUUUUGUAAAUAUUACAAAUUUAUUGCACACAUUGCAAUCAAAAGAUUAUGGAAAUCAAAUUCGCCAUAAUAUAAGUGACAAUAGAACUUACACAAAUCCUGGAUAUUACGGUGCAGUAAAUUUCAGUGUGGAUGACCAUGGGACAGCUCAUAUUUCUAUCAUAGCCCCUAAUGGAGAUGCUGCUUCCAUCACUAGUACUGUAAAUCUUCACCUCGGAGCGGGAGUAACAUCACACACAACCGGAAUAAUACUUAACAGUGGUAUGAAUGACUUCUCGAUCGAAAAAGCAAAGAGCUAUUUUGGAAUACCUUUUUCACCAGCAAAUGCCAUCACACCUGGGAAGCGUGCUGUCUCAUCGAUGUGCCCAUCUAUCAUCGUGAAUGGAGAAGGAGAUGUGCGAUUAGUUAUUGGUGCUUCAGGAGGAACAAAGAUAACAACAGCUGUAGCUUAUGUAAUAAUGAGAAUUCUUUGGUUUGGUGAAGGCAUUAAACAAGCAGUGGAUGCUAGCAGAAUAUACCAUCAGAUAUUCCCCAUGGAAGUAUCAUAUGACUAUGGAGUUCUAGAUCAAAUAAUAAAGGGGUUGGAGAAGCUUGGACAUAAAACAGAUCGAAUCCGAGACAGAGGGUCAAUUAUUUGUGCAUUGUCCAAGCUGGGAAACAUGAUCACUGCCAAUGCUGACUUCAGGAAAGGAGGAGAUGUGUUUGGUAUUGACUGAAUUAUACCAGAAAUAUAAAAGCUACAAUCUGAAUCAAAAAGAUAAACUUAUAAAUGGGGUAACUUAUUGUGACAAUGGAGUGAGUUGAAACCAAAUCUUGGAAAAGAAUUGUGAUAAUCUUCUGGCAACUCCAGUGUGCUGCACAACAUUUUGACUACCUCUGGAACUGAAGCAAUGCCCUUUCUCACUGUUGUUUUCAGAAAGGUAUAGUUAAUCAUAGGGCGACUGUUAAGCAAGAAUCUGUAUGACCAAUGGCAGGCAAGCUGUAUAUUAUCCCCAGAAUGUGAAGAAAAGUCAUUAAGUAACUGUAAUAGAAGGACUAUUAACUUUUCUAUUAUCACAUACAAUUCACAUGGUUCUAAACUGUAAGUAACUUUAUCAGAAUUUUUUCUUAUGUUUUAUUCAUAUCUGUCUUAACCUUUUAAAUACUAAAUGUAAGAUAUCUCACCUAAAAUUGUUACUCUUUUCAGCUUUCAACUUGAUUGUUAUCUCAUCAUGUUUGUUGAAGCAGAAAUGGUAUUCUUCCUUCAUCUGUCUGACUUUUCAUUGGCAAAAUUUGUGUAUUUUCAACAAUACAGGUUAUUUGUAAGAGAGGACAUGUAAAACAGACAAAUAAAUUAUUUAUAUUUUCAGA